CUCCCAAGGUGCUGGGAUUACAGGCAUGAGCCACUGCGCCCAGCCUGUCUUGUUUUAAUCAUGCCACACUCUUAAGAUUUCACUUUAAACUAGAAUUCAAUCUCCCAUUUCAACUGGCUGCUGGAAUCAUAACCAACAGAGAGCCUUAAUGAGUUGUUUAAUUUUUGCAUAAAUUAACUGAAGCUGCUGAAGCAAUCCAUUUAAGAUGUAAUUCUCUCUUCCCUGGUGUAAACUGAUUAGGAGUCCUGGCCUUGAGGAAAUUUUUUUAAAGCACCAUUAGUUGUAAAAUUUACAAUGAUUGUAUUAUUUCCAGAUAAUUAUUUUUCUUUCCCAGUGCUGCCCUCCUGCUCCAGGACUAACCACCAGCUGCCAGCAUGGCCGUUCUCUGUCAGUGUCCGGAUGACUCAGGAGAUGGGCUGCCUGCAGUAAUCUAGUGCCAAGAGUAUAGUUUUCUUUCUUUCCCUUUUACACAUGGCAGAUCUGAAUGGGUGAAAGAUCAUCCUGAAAAUAACAUUGGUCAGGCACUUGCCUGCCACUGUGCUCUUCACAUGAGCACAGGCGUUUAAAGUUACUGCUGAGUCACAGGAAAUGUAUGUAGCUCUGGACAUUCCUUCAAGAGGGCAGCCCCUGGGACCCUCAGUCAAUAUGCAUCUUUGGGGAAUCAAGGCAGAGAACCUUGACUUGGCAGUGAGUCUUCCUCCCUGCCUGGCUGUUGUUCACUGCAGGCCCUGCCCUUUCUUUUUAGGGGCGUCAAGAGCGGACUUCCCGAAGCCACCUCACUUGCUGUACUCAUAAGUCAGACUGAAACAAAACCAACUCACUGAGUGAAUGACAAUUUGCAAUAUCUUAGGGAUUAGGUCAUUUCUGGAAGCCUAAAGGAUCCUUCCAAGUGAUUAUAGUGACCUUAAUUACAAAGGAAAGGUGCUGUAUCACCUUUCAUAUGGUUCAAGUAUGAAAAAGGUUGAGGGACGUUUUAAAGACUGUUUCGUGGAAAGCAGAGUGUUGUAAUUAAUCCAGUGAACAGUUUCAACUUCUCCGAGAAAGAUGAAUGAUGAGUUGAGAGAAUAGUUACAAAGGCUCAGGAAUCUACAUGAAGUUAGAAGAGAUGCAGAAAAGGCUGCAGAGAGGCUGGUGGGAGGACCAGAAGGAGACCAUUCAGUAAAUACCUAAGGCAUGCCUACUACAAGACAGCCAUGGCCUCCACCUCCCAGAGCAUCCAUCCCAUAGGAAACACAUCACUCUGUCUAGCCCCUUCAUUUGAUACAUACGGAAUUGAGAUCUAGAAUAAUAAAGUCACUUAGCUACCUCAUCUGUGGGAGCCAGAAUCGGACCGCAGUAUUAAGGGCUUCCCUUUCCAUAGCCAUUUCUUUUUUUUAGAACAGUUUUACUUGAUAUUACUACAAUACAAGCCAUUUUCCAAUAUUAGCAACAGUUUAAGGGAAAAGGUUUGUCCUUUGCUAGCUGCUCCUGAACCAGGUCUUCUCGUCAUUAUUCACUUGGUUGCCAUCAGCAUUCAAACACCCGUUAUGCCACUAUCACAGGAAGUGCACGUUAGUGAGGAAAUCAGAUCAAAACUGAAUCUACAAUGUCCUCAAGCUUAAGCCUUAGUUUUAUUUUCCCUGAAAAUAUUCCUCCUUAAAUUUCAUAAAUGGUAAAAUGUCCAAUCUUACCAAAUGUAUCAUAGUUUUUAUUUUUGACAGGCUGUAUAAUACCUUGGACUCUAAAUUUCAACGAGAGUUAUUCAGUGAGAAGAAAAUGAGUGUUGUAUCUCAGCUGCGCCCAUCAGCUCUAUUUCCCGAAUGACUGUGAGCUUGAAAGAAAGCCAUUUAACGUACACGGUGCCGGUGGGUGUCUUCUGCUUGGCAAGAUCGUGAGCUUUAUCCUACUACUUGGAUAAGAGACGGUUCCCCCCGCCCCCCAACAACAAUGAGCUUUCUUACAGACAAACAGAAAUGAAAUAUGCUACUCAUUCCCAGCGCUGCAGAACCAGGAAACUGAAGACGCACCUGCAGCAUCUCCGGUGGAAAGGAGCGAAGAGCGCGACCCGCGAGUACAAACAGAAGUGCUGUGCGCGCUGCCAGCAGGUGCUGGGGCUCCUGCUGCACCGGGGCGCCGUGUGCCGGGGCUGCAGCCACCGCGUGUGCGCCCGGUGCCGUGUGUUCCUCAGGGGGACUCCUGGCUGGAAGUGCACGGUGUGCUUCGAGGACAGAAAUGUCAAAAUAAAAACUGGAGACUGGUUCUAUGAGGAACGAGCCAAGAAAUUUCCAACUGGAGGCAAACAUGAGACAGCUGGAGCACAGCUCUUGCAAUCUUAUCAGAAGCUGAGCAAAAUUUCUGUGGUUCCUCCUACUCCACCUCCUCUGAGUGACAGCCAGUGCGGCCGCAGUCCUGGCAGGUUACAGGAACUUGGUCAGUUUAGAGGAUUUAAUAAGUCCGUGGAAAAUUUGUUUCUGUCUCUUGCCACCCACGUGAAAAAGCUCUCCAAGUCCCAGAAUGACAUGACUUCUGAGAAGCAUCUUCUUACCACGGGCCCCAGGCAGUGUUCGGGCCAGACAGAGAGACGGAGCCAGUCUGAUACGGCGGUCAACGUCACCACCAGGAAAGUCAGUGCACCAGAUAUUCUGAAACCUCUCAAUCAAGAGGAUCCUAAAGGCUCUACUUACCCUAUAUUGAAGCAAGAGAAACUCCCAUCCAGUCCAGCACCCAGUGCCAUAUUCUCUGGAGGCUUUAGACACGGAAGUUUAAUUAGCAUUAAUAGCACCUGUACAGAGAUGGGCAACUUUGACAAUGCCGACGUCACUGGGGAAAUAGAAUUGGCCAUUCGUUACUGCUUCAAAACCCACUCUUUAGAAAUAUGCAUCAAGGCCUGUAAGAACCUCGCCUAUGGAGAAGAUAAGAAGAAAAAGUGCAAUCCGUAUGUGAAGACCUAUCUGCUGCCCGACAGAUCCUCCCAGGGAAAGCGCAAGACUGGAGUCCAAAGGAACACGGUAGACCCGACCUUUCAGGAGACCUUGCAGUAUCAGGUGGCCCCUGCCCAGCUGGCGACCCGGCGGCUGCAGGUCUCGGUGUGGCAUCUGGGUGCGCUGGCCCGGAGAGUGUUUCUUGGAGAAGUGAUCAUUCCUCUGGCCACGUGGGACUUUGAAGACAGCACAACACGGUCCUUCCGCUGGCAUCCGCUCCGGGCCAAGGCGGAGAAAUAUGAAGACAGCGUUCCUCAGAGUAAUGGAGAGCUUGCGGUCCGGGCUAAGCUGGUCCUGCCUUCAGGGCCUGGAAAACUGCAAGAGGCUCAAGAAGGGACAGAGCAGCUGUCUCUUAAUGGUCAACUUUGCUUGGUAGUGCUGGGAGCCAAGAAUUUACCUGUGCGGCCAGAUGGCACCUUGAACUCAUUUGUUAAGGGCUGUCUCACUCUGCCAGACCAACAAAAAUUGAGACUGAAGUCACCAGUCCUGAAGAAGCAGGCUUGCCCCCAGUGGAAACACUCCUUUGUCUUCAGUGGCGUAACCCCAGCUCAGCUGAGGCAGUCGAGCUUGGAGUUAACCGUUUGGGACCAGGCUCUCCUUGGAAUGAACGACCGCUUGCUUGGGGGAACCACACUUGGUUCAAAGGGAGAUGCAGCUGGUGGCGGGGACGCAUGCUCACAAUUGAAGCUCCAAUGGCAGAAAGUCCUUUCCAGCCCCAAUGUGUGGACAGACAUGACUCUCAUCCUGCACUGACACGAAAGCCACAAGGUUCCAGGUUGCAGCAGGUGUGAAACACUGCGCCCCCAGAGUGGGGCCCCAGCUGGAGACUCCUUAAACCUUGAGCAGUCUCCAUCUGCAGUCCUGCCUGUGGCUUCAACGCCUAUGGGUAUCUCUGGGUACUUAAAUACAGCAAUUAUGAAUGUUACCUAAGCCUCUGGUGCGUUAUCUCCU